UUCAUCUCUUUGAAUACACGCAGUCAAAAGGAGAAAAACAUGGAAAUUUCAUGUCUUUGAAUAAAUAGAGUCAAAAGGGGCGUGCAUUGAGACUGGUUUUGGAUCUUUAAUUGCAAGUAGUACUUUGGUUGAAUAGAAACAUUUCGCACAGAAAAACAGCGACUCUAAUAAAAUGAGAGAGAGAAUGGAAGACUCUCCCUUGAUAAAUUAGCUAGAAAGAUGAACAAUCGUAGUAUGGCACAAAGAAGCCAAAAGCAGGAAAUCUAUACUACAAGCAAGAAGGCAUGGUCUCAUUUUGCUCUACUUCUCAUCUUGUCACUCAAAGCUCAUCUCUCCACUGCAUCUGAUACCAUGUACCGAGGUCAGCCUCUGGCAUGGAACCAGACCCUUACUUCUAAAAGCGGAAUUUUCGAACUGGGUUUCUUCACACCUGGUAAGUCUCACAAGCAUUAUGUAGGCAUAUGGUAUAAAACUAUAGCAGAGUUAACAGUGGUUUGGGUGGCAAAUAGAGACUGCCCAGUCUAUAACCCGUCCUCUAAAGCACUAGAAAUUUCUGAGGAUGGCAAUUUGUUGAUAACUGAAAAAGGAAUUCCUUUUUGCAAUUGCACAAACUCUGGCAUGCCUAAUUAUACUGUAGCAGUGCUUCUUGACAAUGGGAAUUUUAUCUUAAGGGAUAAAUUAGAUAAUGUAUUGUGGCAGAGUUUUGAGGAGCAAACCAAUACGUGGCUUCCAGAGGCCAAGAUUGGGUACAAUAGACUUACCAAUGAAAGCAAUAUUCUAAGAUCAUGGACAAGUUUAGAAAAUCCAGAUAGUGGGCAGUUCUCUGCUGAAUUUGAACAAGGUAAAUUCUUACUGUACUAUAUGCGCAGUUCUUCUUCACUUAAGCUGCAUAUCAACAAUGUGACUGAGAAGGAAUGGAGCGGUGUAAUAAACGUAUCCUAUGUUUCUGAUAAGUAUGGAAGCUAUUUUACAUAUUCUACAUAUUCUACUCUUUACCCUUCUAUAUUCACUAGAAUUGUUUUGGAUGUUACUGGGGAUCUCAAUCUCUAUGUAUGGAGCAAUUAUGCGCGGCAAUGGAAUUUGGCUUGGACAGAAGCUUCACGACAUUGUGAGAUAGAUGGUUUUUGUGGCAAUUAUGGCAUCUGCACUCAGCAUAGGGUACCUCUCUGUGAUUGCCCAAAAGGAUUUGAACCAAGGUGGUCAGGAUCUUGGAGCUUACUACAAGACUACUCAGGAGGGUGUAUUAGGAGAACUCGAUUAGGAUGCUCUGAUGGAGGAAUCGAUAAGUUUCUCACGAUGCCCAACAUGAGCUUUGUGGCGGCAACAGAGAUUAAUAGAGCAGUUAAAAAUGUUGAGGCAUGCAAAUUAACAUGCUUUAGGGAUUGUGACUGCAUUGCUUAUGCCUAUUAUAAUGAAUGUUUAAUUUACAUGGAACAAUUGAGGAAUUUACGACAACUAUCAUCUGAUAAUGAGAUUGGUGGAGAUUUGCAUGUUCGCAUUUCAGCGUCUGAGCAAAUUGAGUUGGUUGGAAGUAGAACCAAGAUGUCGAAAAAGGUUGCUUGGAUUCUUGGAGUUUUUGCAAUGCUCAUUCUUCUCCUAAGUAUUGUUUUGGCAAUUAUAUUGUGGAAACCUUCCGCUGAUGGUGCACUCGAGGAAUCAGAAUUUUCUUUGAUGUUGUUCAAGUAUCGGGAUUUACGAAAAGCAACAAAGAACUUCUCCCAAAAACUUGGGGAGGGCGGUUUUGGUACUGUUUUCAAAGGGACUUUGCCAAAUUCAACAGCCAUAGCAGUGAAGAAAAUAAGAAGUGUAGAGCAAGGAGAGAAACAAUUUCGUGCAGAAGUGAGAACACUUGGAGCAAUCCAGCAUGUCAAUCUUCUUCGCCUAUGUGGAUUCUGUGUAGAAGCUUCAAAAAGAUUUCUCGUCUAUGAUUAUAUGCCAAAAGGUUCUUUAGAAUCUCAUUUGUUCCAGGAGGUUUCUAAAAUUUUGGAUUGGAAUACAAGAUAUCGAAUUGCAAUUGGGAUAGCUAGAGGGUUGGCAUACCUUCAUGAGAAUUGUAUAGACUGUAUCAUACAUUGUGACAUCAAGCCUGAGAACAUAUUGUUGGAUGCUGAGUAUGACCCGAAAGUGGCUGAUUUUGGGCUUGCAAAGGUAAUAGGUCGGAACUUCAGUCAGGUUUUAACCACCAUGAGGGGAACCAGAGGUUAUUUGGCACCAGAAUGGAUCUCAGGUGAAGCUGUCACUCCAAAAGUUGAUGUUUUCAGUUAUGGGAAGCUGCUUUUCGAGAUAAUAUCUGGUAGGAGAAAUAUAAACAUGCUAGAUGAAGAGAUAUGUAACUACUUUCCAGCUCGUGUUGCAGUGGCAAUAAACAAGGGGGAAGACCUUCUAACAUUGCUAGAUUUCAAGUUAGAGGGCAAUGCUAAUAUGAAAGAGCUAACUAGAGCAUGUAAAGUUGCUUGUUGGUGCAUUCAAGAUGAUCCAAGGGAUAGACCAACCAUGGGAAAUGUAGUUAAAAUUCUUGAAGGAUUGAUGCAAUUGGGCAUACCUCAAAUACCUCUUUAUUUCCGGCGCCUUUCAGAAAAUCCAAUGGAAGCUAGUGUUUGCCAUGAGAUUGAGACUUGUUCAAGUUCAUAUUAACAGCCACAAGUUUUUGUCUGAACUGUCUUCAUUAUCAGUAAGCAUGAUACUUGCCCACCUGUGACCUAGUGAUCUUGUUGUUCCUUUUAUGUAACACGAAUAAAAGAUUCCACUAUUGUUAGUACUUAGUAGCUAAGGAGCCAAGUGCAUAAACAUAAAUGUAGUUUCAAAGUGCUAAAAGAGACUCGGUUAUUUUGAUUUAUCUGUUGUACCUAGUUAUUGUAUUUGUUUAGAGUAAUGCUAGAUAUAUUAUUUACACCA